AUGAAAAUCAAUUCGUUUGACGAAAUAGAAAAGAUUUUCCAAACGUUUUCAUCAUCAUUAUCAAUUGUUUGUUUUCAUUGUGAUACGUCAACUAUUUCAACAACAAAUAAAAAUUUAUUUCAAAAGAUUUUCAAUCAUUCGAAUUUUACUUUUUCAAUUCAAUCCAAUUCCAUUCAUUUCUGGAUUGGUUCGAAACAUACGACCGAAAAAAUACUCAAUCAACAAGUAAAAGAGAAGAGAAGAAAAAAAGUAAUUCAAUGCUUUUCAUGGUGUUCAUCAAAAAAAAGCGGAAGAUUCACUUGGAUUUCGAUUCCAAAAAUUCUACAAAUCUCAUCUCAAAUACCAACCGAUCAAUUUAUCACGAAAACAGCACCAGAAGAAUUGAAGAAAAAAAUAUAUGAUCGUUUGAUUGAUGGAAUUGCAUCAGAAGGAUUUCCAGAAGCAACAAUUGCACCGAUGAAUGAAGCAGUUGUCACUGAUUUUGUUGGAGAUAUUUUGAAAGCGAUGGUUGCUCAUAGUAAUCGCACGAUACAUCAUGAUGAAUUAAUAUUAUCUCGAGAGAAACAAAUCAUCAGCAAAGACGAAGAAUAUGGUGGAAAUAUGGAAUUUAUAGUAACUCAUAAUAUUGAUGAUGGGAAGGUUCGUCAUGUCAUUGUAGUUGAAGCCAAACGUGAUGCACUGGGAAAAGGACUUACUCAACUGUUAUUAGCAUUGAAAUCAAUGUGGGAAACAAAUAACGAUCAGAAAACAGUUUAUGGAUUUGUAACGACAGCCACUCUAUGGCAAUUAGUCACAUUUGAUGGUCAAAUAUGGAAAUUAUCGGAAUCAAUGAUAGUUUUAUUUGGAAAUAUGCCUAAUAAAGAAGAUCGAUGGUUGAAAAGCAAUACACAACUAUUAGACGUGAUUUACACUAUUUUGUCAUCAUUAUGA